AUGCGUUUCUCUACCACAGCUAAGAUUUCGAUUCUCGCACUCGCCAACACAGCAGCGUGCGAGGAGAGCUGGGUUGGCGGCCUAGCCGGUCGAGCAAGCGCCAUAGUCGGCAAGCCAAAGCAGACCCGGCAGCUGGACUUUGGAGGCAGCGAAAUUACCAUCGGUGGUAUCGACCUGGGUGAAAGCGACCGUAGCCUUACCGAAAGCUCGACAGAUGGUACUGCCUUGACGGAUAGUACCGGCCUCAGUCUCUCCAACCCUCUCCAAGAUGCGGCUGGUCAGGCAGAGGUAGCGAGACCAGCGGCAGACGAGGCUGGCGCGGGCAGUCUCAUAGAACUUCUCGCGCUGCUGGGCGGCGGGGCAGCUGCAGAGGAUGAAGCAGCUGCAGGUGAUGCUCCGGCAGAAGAAGAAGCCGCUGCAGAAGACGCAGCCGCAGGAGAAGCGGCUGCUAACGACGCUGCAGAAGAAGGGACUGCAACAGAAGAUAUUGCAGCUGUUGAAGAAGCUGAGGAUUUCGAUGGCAACCUUGGAAUCAUCCUAGACGGCGAAGCAAACGCGAUCAACCUCGGCGGCGACCUCGGUGUUACCCAAGGCUCCGACGGCUCGCAGUCAGUGGGAGGAGAGGCGGGAAUAAACAUCGUCGCUUAG